AUGGCGAAUAUCUGCGGUGACCCGGGAAAGGCUCGUGUGGCGGCGGAUUACCGGCCGUCUAGCCCAGAUGUGGAAUCUGGUCUCCAAGAACCGAAUUCAGGGACAAUAAACUCCAAGACAAGCAGCAGUGCCACCACCAGUGUCAUGGUCUCUGCCGGCAGCGACCGUACAAAUGGUGGAACCAACCAGGGGUGUUUCCUCGGAGGCCAGAUACUGGAGGCACCGAACCUCCGGAAAUUCACAUUCCUUGAGAUCCAGACAGCUACCAGGAACUUCAGGCCAAAUGGUCUCAUUGGGGUGGGGGGAUUUGGGUGCGUGUACAAAGCAUGGGUCGAUGAGAAGAUGAUGAACCCGACAACGAGUCGCCCUGCCAUGGCUGUUGCUAUCAUGCAUGGAAAUGAGGAAUGGCAGAAAUUUCUGACUGUCCACUUGCAAUCGGACAUAAACCUUUUGGGAAGGUUCUCUCACCCAAACAUUGUCAAGCUAUUGGCCUACUGCUGGGAGGGCAAGGAACUAUUUCUUGUGAAUGAGUUCAUGGCCCAAAGGAGCUUGAAAGACCAUCUAUUCACAGUUUCAGGAAGAUGUCCUCCACUAUCAUGGGAACAGAGGCUGAAGAUCGCCAUCGGUGCAGCUCGAGGACUUGCUUUCUUGCAUGCAUCAGAGAAGAAAGCUAUGUACCGUGACUUCAAGGCUUCCAAGAUUCUUCUAGAUGCAGACUAUAACGCGAAGCUCUCUGAUUUUGGGCUUGCUAAGCUUGGGUCAACCGGCAAUUCGCGUAUGACUAUCAUGCCCACGCGCACCCACGGAUAUGCAGCUCCGGAAUAUGUAAUAAGUGGCCUUCUGUAUGAGCAGAGCGACGUUUACGGUUUCGGGGUUAUGAUCCUGGAGAUGCUGUCCGGUCAGCUUGCGAAGGAUCCCAACCGCCCCAAGGGGCAAACCAACAUCAUCGACUGCGCAAAGUCAUUGGCUGACCGGAGAAAACUCUCUCAUUUUAUGGACCCCCGGCUCAAGGGCCAAUACAACUCCAAACAAGCCCAUCAGGCAGUGCAUGUUGCACUGAGCUGCCUUGCCGGGGAGCCUAGGAGCAGGCCCUCGAUGAAGGUGGUUCUCGAGGCGCUCGAGCAGAUCUAG